AUGGCGUUCUGGAAGGGCUGGGCGUUAUGGCAGAAGUUGAGCAUUGCUCUAGCAUUCCUUCUUCUCCUUGUCCUCGUCUACUCCUUCAGCGUCCUCACCUACAAUAGGCGAAAGAUCAGGAAACAAGCUGCCGAAGAAGCAAGCCAGCGAGCGGAGCAGGAAGCUGAGAUGGGCGAGGCCGGAUCGUCAUCGAACGAGAUACCAUUUGGCGCUAGAGCACUGGAAAAGGGAAUCGAAGUCGAGGGUAUAUGGACGAUGAAGCGACACUCCCUUAAGCCAGCGAGUAUUGCAGAGAAGAAACGGUCAUCAGUACUAGGUUCGCUACUCAGACAUAAAUCGACAACCAGCAGUCUCCAGACGCCUCACAUCAUUGAGCCUCAAUCCACCAACAAUUCCGACCCGCACCGCAAGUCAGGGAGCGCAGAGAGUCAAGCUGAGAGUGUACUUGAGAGCAUCCACAUUGACACUUUCCGGUCCAGUCGGCCUCCGAGGCUUGAUAUUAGCGGUCGCCACGGACAAAAAACAUCCGACAUGGAGAGGCCGCCCUCUCGAGGGUGGUUUGCCUCCCGCAGCUCAUGGAUGAAACCCAUCGUAGGGUAUAAGCGAUCCUCAGUACGUGAUGGGCGCCAUCGAGGUUCAUCGGAGGAUUUCAGGCGCAGGUUCAGCAAGCUCUUUGACGAGACUCUUCCGCCAGGGCCACAACCACGCGAGAUGUUCCAGCUCACUCCGAUCUAUCAAGUGUCGACAGAGGAUAGCAUUGGAACAAGAUCGAUGGAGAGAGUCAUUACUCCCCUUGCUGUAAAGUCGAGGGGGGAAAUUCAGCCAUAG